CAACAAAAAAAAAAAAAAGCAUCUUUAUUCUUUGACAUUUACAUUAUUACACAUACAAAUUUGAAUCUCCGGCCUUUUGCCGGAACCACCAACCUGUACCUAUCAUCAGAUCCAAUCUAGGGUUUUUCCUUCUCCAGAUCUUCCUUUUUCCUCUCUCAUUUUCUGUUCCUAUUCGAUUCAUAAUCGCCAACCGAUUUUUGAAAUCUCGAAAGGGAGAUUUGUAGGGAUCAAUAGAGUCAGAUAUUGCGAUGGAGGCGAUCGAGGAGUUGUCUCAGCUAUCGGACUCGAUGCGCCAGGCGGCGGCUCUUCUCGCGGACGAAGACCCUGAAGAAACCUCUUCUUCCUCUAAACGCCCUUCGACUUUCUUAAACGUUGUUGCUUUAGGCAGUGUUGGAGCUGGUAAAUCUGCUGUGUUGAACAGUCUAAUUGGACAUCCUGUCUUGCCAACGGGUGAAAAUGGUGCUACUCGAGCUCCUAUAAGCCUUGAGUUGAAUAGAGAUGCUUCUUUAAGCAGCAAAGCAAUCAUCUUACAAAUUGACAAUAAAUCUCAACAAGUUUCUGCAAGUGCCCUUCGGCAUUCUCUACAGGACAGGCUGAGCAAAGGUUCAUCAGGCAGGAGUCGUGAUGAAAUAUAUCUUAAACUUCGUACUAGUACAGCUCCACCAUUAAAAUUGAUUGACUUACCUGGAUUGGAUCAAAGAAUAAUGGAUGACUCAAUGAUUAGUGAGUAUGUUCAACACAAUGAUGCUAUUUUGCUGGUUAUAGUACCUGCCACUCAGGCACCAGAAAUUUCAUCAUCUCGAGCACUCAGAGCUGCCAAAGAAUAUGAUGCUGAAAGCACUAGAACAAUUGGUGUUAUUAGUAAAAUUGAUCAAGCGGCUGAAAAUUCAAAAGCCCUUGCAGCUGUUCAGGCUCUUUUGUUGAAUCAGGGACCGCCUAAAACAUCUGAUAUUCCAUGGGUUGCUCUAAUUGGUCAGUCUGUCUCUAUAGCCUCGGCACAAUCUGGAAGUACCGAGAACUCUUUAGAAACAGCUUGGCGUGCAGAGAGUGAAAGUUUAAAAUCUAUACUGACUGGGGCUCCGCAAAGCAAGCUUGGUAGAGUAGCUUUGGUGGAUGCCCUUGCUAGCCAGAUUCGUAACCGUAUGAAACUUAGGCUUCCGAACCUCCUUUCCGGGCUUCAGGGAAAGUCUCAGAUAGUUCAAGAUGAACUAUUGCGGCUUGGUGAACAAAUGGUCCAUAGUGCUGAAGGUACAAGAGCUAUUGCUUUGGAGCUCUGUCGUGAAUUUGAGGAUAAGUUUCUCCUCCACUUAACUGGUGGUGAAGGAAGUGGUUGGAAAGUUGUUGCAAGUUUUGAAGGCAGUUUCCCUAACAGGCUUAAGCAGCUUCCUUUGGAUAGACAUUUUGAUAUAAACAAUGUCAAAAGGAUUGUAUUAGAAGCAGAUGGUUAUCAACCUUAUCUUAUCUCUCCAGAAAAAGGGUUGAGGUCCUUGAUAAAAGGUGUUCUGGAGCUUGCAAAGGAACCAUCACGUCUAUGUGUUGAUGAGGUGCAUCGGGUACUAGUAGACAUAGUUUCUGCUUCUGCAAAUGCCACUCCUGGUCUUGGAAGAUAUCCUCCUUUUAAGAGAGAGGUUGUGGCAAUUGCAACUGCUGCACUUGAUGGUUUUAAGAAUGAAGCUAAAAAGAUGGUCGUUGCACUGGUUGAUAUGGAGCGUGCUUUUGUUCCACCUCAACACUUCAUUCGACUGGUGCAAAGGAGAAUGGAUCGGCAACGGCGUGAGGACGAGCAAAAGAAUCGAUCGUCGAAAAAGGCACUCGAGGCAGAGCAGUCCAUUUUAAAUAGGGCAACUAGUCCUCAACCAGAUCGAGAACAAUCUGGUGGAAGCUUGAAAUCGAUGAAAGAUAAAUCUAGCAAACAAGAUAAGGAUGCCCCAGAAGGACCAGCAUUGAAAACUGCUGGGCCUGGUGGUGAAAUAACAGCAGGAUAUCUACUGAAGAAAAGCGGUAAGACAAAUGGGUGGAGUAGACGGUGGUUUGUUUUGAAUGAAAAAAGUGGCAAGCUUGGUUACACCAAAAAAGAAGAAGAAAGGAACUUCCGUGGUGUAAUAACUUUGGAGGUAAAUGUUCCAAAGGCGGUGGUUCUUUGCCAAGUAGAAAAAGCCAAAGAAGAUAUGCUCAAUCAGUUAUACAGUUCUAUUAGUGCCCAAAGCACAACACGAAUUGAGGAGCUGCUGAUGGAGGAUCAGAAUGUAAAGCGUAGGAGGGAGCGGUACCAGAGACAAUCCUCACUUCUUUCAAAACUCACACGGCAACUUAGCAUUCAUGAUAACAGAGCAGCUGCUGCCUCCAGCUGGUCUGAAGGUGGUGCUACAGAAAGCAGCCCGAGGACCAGCGGACCAUCAUCAGGAGAUGACUGGAGAGCUGCAUUUAAUGCUGCUGCUAAUGGGCCUAUCGAUACGUAUCGCGACUCAUCAAAAUAUGGGGCUAAUGGUCACAGUCGCCGAAACAGUGAUCCUGCACAGAAUGGUGAUCUGAGCUCAGGUUCAAACAACAGUCGCCGCACCACUCCCACUAGGCUGCCACCGGCACCGCCGCAAUCUGGUUCAUCCAGUAGAUACUAAUCGACCCUUGAAUCUUUUUGUUAAGAUUUGCUCAUUCUUGUUGCUCCGGUUGCUGCACUGAGCGUUCCUCAAGCUCAGAUCAUGUUACACUAGCUUUGUAGUGAUAGAUAGGUUUCUGUAGAUAUAUAUAUAUUUCAAUCAAGAGCUUGUUAUUGCUAUAUACUUUCAUGUGUUGAUUAAAAUUUCCUAUUUUUGCCUCCUUUUUUUGGGUUGAGGGUAAGAGAUGUGGACUUCCAAUUUUUUGUUAGAUUCGACACAUGCAUUUGUUUGUA